AGCCCACUAUCGGCUGUCAACUGCUCUGUUUUGGUUUUUGUCCAAUUCCAAAGUUCGUUUCAUUCGCAUUUGUUUACAUCACUGCUUUUCGGUCGACUUUCGGUGUUCCAUACCCAAAAACGAUGUCCCUGAUCGCCCAGGCGAGUCGCACUGUGCCGCAGCUCCUGUUGCACUUGAACCGUCAUCUGGUCACUUCCUGCCCAAGCAGCGCAUUCGCCACGUCGUCGGAACCGCCAGAUGUCGGCCAGUUAACCACUCCUGCCCAGCUCCUCGGACCGGAAUCGCAGCGCAGGUGCAUGGAGAAGAUGCGCAGCCUGCCAGAAUUCCCGCGUCCCAAGGCCCUGACGCCCAGUCGCCGGGAGAAGCAGACAUCCGCGGUCCUCAUCGCCCUCUGCCAGGAGCGUGGCACAAAUGAGGUAUCCCUACUGUACACCCGACGAUCGCGACACAUGCGCAGCCAUAGCUUUCAGAUCUCCUUUCCGGGCGGAAGGCGCGAUAAACACGACUCCAGCUACGUGGAUUGUGCGCUGCGCGAGACGGAGGAGGAGAUCGGCCUACCACGAGACCGCAUCCAGGUGUGGGGCGAGGCCAAGCAGCUGCAACUGCCGAGGACCUCGGCCAUCGUGCCAGUGGUGGGCGUCGUGCCUGACUUUAGCCUCUCCGAGCUGCGUCUUAAUUGGGAGGAGGUGGAGGAGGCGUUUAGUGUGCCGCUCAAUUCGCUGAUGCUGCCCAAGGCCACCAGGCACACACAGUUUCGCAGCGGCUACAGCGGUCCCGUAUUUGUUGUGGACCAUUAUCGCAUCUGGGGCAUCACCGGCUACCUCACGCACCUCUUCCUGCACUGCCUGCUGCCCCCCAGUUUGCUGCCCGAUUGCCUCAAGACGAACAUCAAGUUCAUUCGGCCCUUUAAACUACCGCCCAGGAUGCCGCAUCAUCGCGAGCACUCCUCCUCGGAUCCCUCGAUGCGCACCUGACGCGAUCCGCCGACCGCAAUCCUACUCAGGCUAUCACUAAUGUGGUACUGUGAUCGGUCCUUAUGUGCUCAGCAAUUGACCAAUUCUGAUGGUGUUCUUUGUUUUAGUGUAGGCGUUAAUUGUUGAUUAUCAGCGAGAUUUAUAAUAAAACUGUUGACCAUUAUGUUGAA